AUCAGAGCUUCAUGAUUUGUAAAAGCUAGAGAACAAACAUGGGGGAGGAAGACAUAAACAAGAAGCUGCUGAUAAAGGACGAAGAUGAACGUGAGCAAGAUUUGAGCUUGCAAAGAAGAGUGUGGAAUGAAAGCAAGAAGAUGUGGGUAGUAGCUGGACCUGCUAUAUUCACCAGAUUCUCUACUUUUGGAACAAAUGUGGUCAGUCAAGCUUUCGUUGGUCACAUUGGCUCUACUGAGUUAGCUGCAUAUUCACUCGUCUUCACUGUACUCAUCAGGUUCGCCAAUGGCAUCCUGCUGGGAAUGGCAAGUGCGCUGGAAACUCUUUGUGGUCAAUCAUUUGGUGCAAAACAAUAUAACAUGCUUGGGGUACAUCUUCAAAGAUCAUGGAUAGUGUUGUUCUUGUCUACUUUCUUCCUUGUUCCUCUUUGUAUCUUCACAACUCCAAUCUUAGAGGCCUUAGGACAGGAAGAGAAUAUUGCACAAGUGGCCGGAUAUAUUUCUCUCUGGACGAUUCCAAUGAUUUUCGCCUUUGUUUUAUCUUUUACCUGUCAAAUGUUCUUGCAAGCACAGAGCAAAAAUAUGAUCAUUGCUUACUUGUCUGCAUUUUCCAUUGCAAUCCACAUCCUUCUUUCAUGGCUUUUGACUGUGAAAUAUCAGUUUGGGAUUCCUGGUGCAAUGGUGUCCACAAUUUUAGCAUUUUGGAUACCCAACAUCGGUCAACUUUUAUUUGUUAUAUGUGGGGGAUGCCCACAAACAUGGCAAGGGUUCUCGACGUUAGCUUUCAAAGAUCUCUCGGGCGUCAUCAAGCUUUCUCUGUCUUCUGGUGUUAUGCUUUGUCUGGAGCUUUGGGACAACACAGUCUUAGUUCUGCUAACUGGACAUAUGGAAAAUGCUGAGUUUGAACGUCAAUGGGUGGGAAAUGAUGAUAUCCCUUGGCUUCUUGGCUGCAGCAAGUGUUCACAAGGAGGUAGCUCAAAAGGAGCGACGUUCUCAAUUGUGGUUAUAGUGUUCACAUCAUUUUCCAUCGGCCUUGUGUUGUUCUUCAUUUUCCUAUUCUUGAGGGAACGUCUUGCCUACAUCUUUACCAACAAUGAAGAGGUUGCCAAAGCAGUUGCCGACUUGUCACCUUUAUUGGCCUUCUCCAUAUUGUUGAACAGUGUUCAGCCUGUGCUCUCUGGUAUUGUUGACAUAUUUGCUCUGGGAGCCGGAUGGCAGAAUACUGUAGCAUAUGUAAACAUGGCAUGCUAUUACCUUGUAGGUAUUCCUGUUGGAGUUGUGCUUGGUUAUGUUGUCAACCUACAAGUCAAAGGUGUUUGGAUUGGAAUGUUGUUCGGAACAUUUGUGCAAACCAUUGUGCUACUGAUUCUCACCUGUAGAACUGAUUGGGAUAAUCAGGUAACAAUAGCUCGUAAUCGCGUUAGAAAGUGGGCCGUUAAGGAUAUUGGGGACUCAAAUGCCGUAUCAUAAAUUGCAUCGUCCAUUUAUUCUCCAUAUAGACUUUCUG